AAAAGUUCAGAACAUUAUUUAAGCCAUUGUUUGAGCUUCUGAUUCGCUCGAGCAGUGAGAGAUCGACUCACUCUCCAAUUGGCUCAUCCUUCUCUCUAUCCAAUCCAUUCCCCUUCGCAUCCUCAUCCCAAUCCGAGAAAAUUGUGAGAUGAGCCCGAUUUUGAGUGAAGCAGAACCGAAGGAACUGCGAGAUGAGUCCGAUUUUGAAGCAAUCUGCUCCGACAGCGAUUACAUUUCCAUUUGUGGCUAUGGAUCUCUCCUCUCCGAGAGGAGUGCGCGGAGUACUUUUCCUGAACUGAUCAACUUCAGAAUUGCGAGAUUGAACAAUAUCAGACGCGUUUUCGGAAUUAUUGCUCCUAUUUUCUUUGAGCACGGCAUUGCUAAACCUGAAACCAAGGAGAUUUCAAGCUUAUUUGCGGAGCCUUGUGAAGGAGAAACUAUUAUCAUUACGGUUUUCGAGAUUAAGAAAUCUGAGAUUCCAGCGUUUAUACAGAGAGAGUUUGCGUAUCGAUUUCUGGCCGUUCUUCCUGAGACAUUAGAUGGAAAGCUAUAUCAUAAACCAGCGGUGCUUUGUUCUCGAUCUACAGACGAGAGAUUUUUCCAAGUGAAAUGCAAAGGAAAAAAGGACAUUUUUUUUCGAUAUUAUGGCCGUCAUAAUAAUGUUGAUAGGAUAUGGAGAGAUGAUAUCUUACCUUGUCGCGUCUAUCUUCGACACUGUAUUUUAGCUGCAAAAAGUCUAGGCGACACUGUUUAUAACAACUUUUUGGAUCACACUUUCCUUGGAGAUCGUCGUACAACCAUUCGCAAAUAUUUGGUUGCUAAUGGCUCAAGCAUUAUAGAAGAGGAGCCUCCAAAAUCCCUCAAGUCUCGAUAUGGAGGUUGAUAUUACGAAGGAAAAUUAUUUAAAUGUAUUACAAACAACACCUAUUUUUAUUCUAGAAAGUUUUAGAAAUAGUCGUAAAUGUAGCAAUUAUAUUCAAAAUAAUUAAGUACAUCGCAACAUUUUAAAAAAAUUGCAAAUAUAGCAAAAUAUGUCAAAAUCUAUCAAUGAUAGGAGUCUAUCGCUAAUAGACCAUAUAGCAAAUGUUGGUCUAUCACUGAUAAACUAUAAAAGUCUAUCAACGAUAGAAGCCUAUAAUCGAUAGAUUUUGCUAUAUUUGCAAUUUUUUUUAAAAUAUUGCUACAUACUUAAUAAUUAUUCUAAAAAUUGCUACCCAUUAUAAUUACCCAAAUUAUAUAUGGUAGUUUUAUUUCUUUGCAUUCCAA